AGAGACCUAAAAUUGAAUGUAGAUGCAUAGUUCGUACCAGGUAAAGCAUCUAGAGGAGCAGUCAUGAGGAAUAAACAUGGACAUUUCAUUUGGGCCAUUAGCUUCCCUGUUAUAUCUUCUUCGGUGGAUGAGGCUGAGCUUCUGGCAUUGACUACAACUACAGAGUGGGCGAUGGCGAAAGGACUAUCUAACUUCCAAGUUGAAACAGGCUCUCCUUCCACUCUCAGCUUGAUUUUCGACAACAAUUUCUCAGGUGGGAUGGGUUUUCUUCGGACAUUUUGUGAGCAGACGAAAAGGAGUGGUGUGUUGUUUGGACACACUUUACGCAAAGGGAAUGGAUUAACCCGUGUGCUAACUGAUCCAAUCAAUUGUCCAGCCCAAUUACGUUCAUAUACUUUGCUGGAUAUGCUUCCCAGUUCAGCUAGGCAUAUCUAUUACACUCAUCUGUUUGGGUUCCCAUAUUUUAUAUAUUAAUUUUUACUCGGGUUAGGUUUGGCCCUCGAGCUCUUCUUCUUGUUUCCUUCAUUUUCUCUCGGAGAGAUUUUGGUCUAGUCCUCCUCUGUAUAUGUUUUCUUACUCUUUUAUAAAAUAAUGACAAAUGUUCCCCGAUAUUUGUCCAAU